AUGUCUUUUAGUGGAUUAGAUCAAGUUAUCAACUUAAGAGUGAAAGUGACUACCUUUUUGGAUGAAACAAUUACGGGGUCUAUAUAUACUUUUAGUUCAACACACGAGGUACUAGUUUUGAAGAUAAUUGUCAAUAAGAAUACGAAGACAAAAAGCUAUAGAAUUAUAAACACGUCGUUCGUCAAAUCAAUUCAGGUGUUACCUCCCAUACCGAAAAAAUAUACGAAUUGGAAGGAUAAUGAAAAGAAUAGUUUCAAGGACUUGAAAAAUAUCUCCGUGGAGGAUUUAGAGCAUAAGAUAGAAACUGCCCUUAGCGGUGACCAAAGAAUCUCGCCUGAUCAGGGAGCUAAAUCAUCAAGAUUGGCAUCUAAAUUAUACCUAAAGUUUUGUAACUUAUAUGGGAAGGAGCAUGUAAAGUGGGCAGGAAAUGACAACAUUGUUCUAUUUGACGAACUUAAGGUCUCAAGACCAUUCACAAAGUCCAAUAUUCAAUUUUUAGUUAAAAACUCGAAAUUCAUAGAGAACGUGCUGAAAGUUUUAAGUCAAUUCUGGCUAGAGGCAGAUGAUGGAAGAAAGGGUGGCUGA